AUGACUUCGAACCAAUUGUACCAGGACGCGCCGGGUCUGGAGCCGCAACGAGACGUGAAGGCCGUAGCGCGCGAGCACUGUCAUACGGAUCAGGACGAUGUGGCGCGCGAGCUCGAGGCAGGCCGUGUCGAAGCAGCAGCGGAUGACGAGUUUGCCAUGGAGGAUGCCGAGACGUACGGGGAGCGUCUGACGCGCGUGCUCACGGGCGAAGCCGACGCAACACAGCCCUCUUCAGCGCGGAAAGACGGUGGAUCGAACCGUGCACCUCGAUCCAAGCUCGCGCUGAUGCGUCGUAGGAAGGCCGACGCGAAGCGCAACAAGGCGAGCAAGGCGGCUUGGAGGACGGGCGUGCGCGAGCGAGCCGAAGAGCUGGCGCGCACCGCCGACUCGGAAAAAGCAACGCAGGCCCGACCCACCCAGAGUGCGGCGAGUGGCACAUCGAGCACGCAAGCGAGCGAUGUGCCGCACCGCAUCAAGAUGGUGGGUGACGAUGGCAAGCCCAUGCGUCGACACGGCAUCCGCGAGCGCGUGCUCCACUUUACCCCCUCGUGGUUUUCGGUGACCAUGGGCACGGGCGUCAUCGCCACGCUGCUCAAUCUGCUACCCUGGCCUUCGAUCCACUCGGGGCUGCGAUACCCGGCUGCGGUGUUUCUGCUGGCGGACAUUGUGAUCUUCAUCGUCUUCCUGUGCGCGUUCCUGGCGCGGUACGUGAUGUACCCCGAGGUGCUGCCGCUGACCAUCAAGCAUCCGCAAAAGUCGAUGUUCCUAGGCACGCUGCCCAUGGGCCUGAUUACGAUCGUCAGCGGGAUUGCCCAGCUGGGCACGGUCGAGUUCGGCUUGGGCGUCGGCUUUGCACUGGCAGCGAGUGGGGUGUGGUGGGCAUGUGUGGUGCUGAGUCUGCUAACGAGCAUAGGCGUGCCGUUUAGCAUGAUGACGUACCAGAAGCACUACUUUGAAGGCAUCACCGCCGCCUUGUUGCUGCCCAUUGUUCCGCCCAUCACCGCCGCUGCAACGGGCAGCGUGCUCGCCGAGAUCUUUAUCGAGCGCUACCCGACGUAUGCCUUUACGAUCAUGGUGGUCAGCUAUCUGGUGCUCGGGAUCGGGUUGCCGCUGGCACUGCUGAUCCAGGUGCUGUACUUUCAGCGUCUGCUGCUGUUCAACAGUCCACCGAGGGACGUGAUCAUCUCGGUGUUCCUCCCGCUCGGACCGUGCGGCCAGGGCGGCUACGCCUGUCUGCACCUCGGCCGUGUGGCGCUGCAGCUCUUUCCCCUCAUUUCGACACCGGCAUCGUCCUCGGGUGUGCCGCAGCUCUUCUCGGUCGGCCAGGCUCUGUACGGCGCUGGGCUCAUUUCGGCCAUGAUGCUCUUUGGGCUGGGCAUGUGGUGGCUCGUGAUCGGCGUGUGCACAAUCAUACGCGAGCUGAGCCACGGCAAGCUCGGCUUCAACAUGGGCUGGUGGGGUCUCACCUUCCCCUCGGCCAGUCUCGCCAUCUGCACCGCGAGCCUGGCGGUGGAGCUCGACAGUCUGGCACUCAAGAUCACCUAUACCGCGCUGGUGAUCGCCAACAUCGCGCUGUGGACUGGAAGCUACGAGGUGCUGCGUCUUGUAUGUUACCGUCUUGUCUUUGCAAUCGGUGUCAUCGUCUCGCAGUGGAGCAUGGUGUCGUCGUCAGAGACGCGCCGGCCUAACAGUGAAAAAACGCGUGCCGAGAGCGAGACGCGUGUGGGACACUCCCGAACGCCGCGCAGCACCGCAGCAAACAUCGCUUCAGAUACCCCCCCGCUGCCGAAAGAGGGUCUCGUCGCCAUGGCUGCAUCCGCGCCCAUCCUGCCGACGAUCUCGAUCAACGUCGACUACGACGAGGAGCGCCAGAAGAUCACCGACUUCCUGUGCUUCUUCAAGGCGCCCGCCUCGCGGCUCACCACUCUGGUCUCGCACGGCGCAGGUGCGCCCAUCAGCCUCGAGGAUGCCGACGACGACCAAGACGAGCUGGAGCGCGAGCUGAGCGGUGCCAUCGACCGCAUGGAUGUGGACCGUUCGGCGGCGCAGCGCCGCAGCCGCGCACGCGCCGAGGCCGAGGCGUCGAGCUCGCGCCAGGUGCCGUUCUACAUGCACCAGCUGCAGAACAUCGCCAACCGCGAGCAGGACUCGCUCGUCGUCGAGCUCGACGAUGUCGCCGCGCACGUCAACACAACAACGGGCGAGUCGGGCGCACAGCUCGUCGGAGCCAUCCGCAGCAAUGCCAAGCGCUAUGCGGAUCUGUUCGCCGAGUGCGUGGACCGCCUGGUACCCGAGCCAAGCAAGGACAUCUCGCACAAGGACGACGUGCUCGACGUCAUCCGCCACCAGCGCAUGGAGCGCAACGCCCGCACCGUCGAGAGCGCCCAAGACCCCAACGACACCGGCGUCGCACCCGAAGACGCCAGCGAUAACGUCUUCCCGCCCGUGCUGCUGCGCCGGUACACGCUCUACCUCAAGCCGUCCACGCGCCGGGUGGCGGGAGAGCAGCCCGAGGAGCCGCUGGCCGUGCGUGCGGUGCGCGGCUCGCAUCUGGGCAAGCUCAUCACGGUGCGUGGUAUCGUGACGCGCGUGUCGGAGGUGAAGCCGUUUCUGCUGGUGGAUGCGUAUGCGUGCGACGUGUGCGGCGCCGAGGUGUUCCAGGAGGUCACCUCGCGCCAGUACAUGCCGCUGACGCAGUGCAACUCGCGCAAGUGCCUCACCAACAACACGCGUGGCCCACUGUAUCCGCAGGUGCGCGCGAGCAAGUUCGUGCCGUUCCAGGAGGUCAAGAUCCAAGAAAUGGCCGACCAGGUUCCCGUCGGCCACAUCCCGCGCACCAUGACCAUCCACGUCUAUGGCCCGCUCACGCGCGCCAUGAACCCGGGCGACGUCGUUCACGUCGGCGGCAUCUUUCUGCCCAUGCCCUACUCGGGCUUCAAGGCGAUCCGUGCCGGUCUGCUCACCGACACGUAUCUGGAUGCACAGAGCAUCCACCAGCUCAAGAAACAGUAUACCGCCAUGCAGCGCACGCCCGAAAUCGCCGCACAGAUCGCAGAGCUCAAGGACGACCCGGCGCUGUACCAGAAGCUGGCGUCGAGCAUUGCGCCCGAGAUCUACGGCCACGAAGACGUCAAGAAGUGCCUGCUGCUCCUGCUCGUCGGCGGAGUCAGCAAGACCGUUGGGGAUGGCAUGAAGAUCCGCGGCGACAUCAACGUGUGUCUGAUGGGCGAUCCCGGUGUGGCCAAAUCGCAGCUGCUCAAGUACAUCUCCAAAGUGGCGCCGCGCGGCGUGUACACGACGGGACGCGGUAGUUCCGGCGUGGGUUUGACCGCGGCGGUGAUGCGCGAUCCCGUGACGGACGAGAUGGUGCUCGAGGGUGGAGCGUUGGUGUUGGCGGACAACGGCAUUGCGUGCAUCGACGAGUUCGACAAGAUGGAGGAGAGCGACCGCACCGCGAUUCACGAGGUGAUGGAGCAGCAGACGAUUUCCAUCUCCAAGGCGGGCAUCACCACCACGCUCAAUGCGCGCACCUCGAUUCUGGCGGCGGCGAAUCCGCUGUACGGACGGUACAAUCCGCGUGUGAGUCCGGUGGAUAACAUCAAUCUGCCUGCUGCGUUGCUGUCGCGAUUCGACAUUCUGUAUCUCAUCCUGGAUACGCCUUCGAGGGACGAUGACGAGAGGCUUGCGCAGCAUGUGACGUAUGUGCAUAUGCACAGUGCGCAUCCGGAGCUCGAGUACGAUGUGAUCAGCCCCACGCUCAUGCGCCACUACAUUGCGCUCGCGCGACAGAAGCGUCCUGUCCUCAGCAAGGCCGUGUCGGACUACGUCGUGGGCGCCUACGUCCAGAUGCGCAACCAGUACAAGGAAGACGAACUCUCCACCGACUCCACUGGCCCCUCAUCUAGCGGCACCGGCUAUGUCAGCGCACGAACGCUACUGGGUAUCAUUCGUCUUUCCCAGGCUCUGGCGCGUCUGCGAUUCGACGAUCAAGUCUCCCUCCCCGACGUAGACGAGGCUCUGCGUCUGCUCGAAGUCUCCAAGAGCUCCGUACUCAACCACCCCUCGUUGGCGACACGAGAUGUGGCACAGGACCAUACCUACAUCUCCAAGAUCUACCGCAUCAUCCGCGAGUUCUACAAUACCCACACAGCCGCGCUCGCCGACGACGACGCCAUGGACAUCGACCAUGCCAUCCCCAUCCCCCAGCUCAGAGCACGCAUCCUCGCUUCCGGCUUCGUAGAGGACCAGUUCCAAGAGUGCCUCCAAGAGUACCAGGACUUGGGCGUUCUUCAGGUCUCGGCAAACCGCCUCCUCUUCCUCUAG